UUUCAGUACACUGAUUGCUGCUUUAAUCUAGUUUUGUGGAGUAGUCUUGUACAGCUGUGCUGAAAGAUGGAUUUGCUUCCAUGCAAAUCAAGGAUGUGGCUCCUCAUAAUGGGGGCAAGCUUGGUCCAAGCCCUUGUUACAUCAGGAAUAUUUUUGAAAAGAAGAAAAGUAAAUCCAGAAGCUACUAUGAAUAUUAGCGAAAUUAUUUCUUUCAGAGGAUAUCCCAGUGAGGAAUAUGAAGUGGUGACAGAUGAUGGGUAUAUCCUGAGUAUUAACAGAAUUCCUCAUGGGAAAAGAAAUCAGUCAAACAAGGAUCUGAAGCCCGUAGUGUUUGUGCAACAUGGCUUGUUUUGCUCUGGCAGUAACUGGGUGGCCAAUCUGGAGAACAACAGCCUGGGCUUCAUACUGGCUGAUGUUGGCUAUGAUGUUUGGCUAGGAAACAGUAGAGGAAAUACCUGGUCCAUGAAACACAUCAACUAUACUGUGGAGCAAGAAGAAUUCUGGCGAUUCAGUUAUGAUGAAAUGGCUAAAUACGACCUUCCAGCUUCUAUAAAUUUUAUCCUGAACAAAACCGGACAGGAGAAAUUAUUUUAUAUUGGUCAUUCCCAGGGCACCACAAUGGCAUUCAUUGCAUUUUCAACCAUGCCACAACUCGCCCAGAAGAUAAAAAUAUUCUUUGGAUUGGCACCACUAAUCACCGUGAAUUAUUUUACCAAGUCAGUAGCAACUAAGCUCCUUCGGAUUCCUGACCACACUUUCAAAGGAAUAUUUGGAACUAAACAGAUGUUACCUCAAGGCAAAAUUUCUAAAUGGUUUGCUACUCAUGUGUGUAACCAUUUCUUAAUUGAUUAUCUCUGUAGCAGUCUUAUCUGCCUCUCAACUGGUUUUAAUAUGAAAAACAUAAAUAUGAGUCGAGGCGACGUAUACAUGUCUCACUGGCCAGCUGGGACAUCGGUUCAAAACAUGCUUCACUGGAGUCAGGGUAUGAAGACUGGGAAGUUCAAAGGCUUUGACUGGGGAAGCAAGGAAGAAAACAUGGCUCACCACAAUCGGGAAACCGCACCUUUCUAUGAAAUUAAACAAAUGACUGUUCCAACAGCUCUCUGGAGUGGUGGAAAUGACUGGCUUUCAACCCCAAAGAAUGUUGCCCAGUUGCUGCCUCAGGUCUCAAAUUUAGUUUACCACAAGUUUAUUCCUGACUGGGAACACAUGGAUUUCUUCUUGGGCCUUGAUGCCCCACAGCGCUUGUAUGAAGAGAUAAUUGAGUUUAUGCAGUAUUAUCAGUGAGUUUGUGAUCCUGAAAUAGUCUUCCAAGAAACCAGCAUUAUGAAUCUGUGAUGAUGAGUGAAACUGCUACUACUUUGAAAAAUUCACCAUGGAAAGAAAUCCCUAUGCUUAUAAAUACAAAUGCUAUUGGUGGGGAAGUGGAUGUGAUCAGCAGGCUUGGGCCUUAUCUUCCCCAACUGUCAAUUACCUGAAGUCACAUGAUGUGAGGUGAUCCAGCUGAUUGUCAUGGCUUGCAAAGCUCUGUGUGUAGUACUAUGUCAAUUCCAGUAAUCAGCUGAUGGCGAGGCUUCCCAAAGAGUGCCAAUCUCUGCCAGUCUCUUUGUUCUAGCACUGUCUGAACCUGUGUACAUCUUAGGGUGUUAACUUUAUUAGAGUAAUAUUCUCAAGACUGAAAUGGUGUAAAUAGUUUUCCUUUACUUGUACUGCAGAACUAACUCAUGGGAAGCCACUUUUUGUAACUUCACAGAUCUACAUGUUUGCAACUUGUACUUUAUUCUUUAAAGGCAUACCUGUUUCUUCCUGCGCUUGAUGAACUAUUUUAAUGAAGCUUCUCAAAAACAUGAUUUGGAUGGUAUUGAACUAAGUUGAAAUUAAUUACCAUGACUAAAUUGAAUGCCACCCACUCUAGAUUCAGAGUGUUCCAGUACAAUAAAGCUGAAAUCUGAAAGCAACCUUAUGUGUCACACUGACUUAAAGGCUUGCACCUUCAUGUUCACCUUCAUGUUCACAUGUUCAUUGGGAGCCAAGCUUUCCCCUUUCGUCCCUCUUUCUCAGAUUGUUACACAAUAUGUGACAAAAUAGAAACUAGAAAUGAGAAAAACUGCACUACAGGUGCAACUGGUUUCAAAGUCAAAGCUGCAAGCUGCAAGCGGCAAGGUGUGCAGGUAACAAGAAGCCUUUCGGAGCCUUUGUCUCGGAGGGCUCCAAUCCAUGCUUCCUGACAACUUAUGGAGGGGAAAAUAUAAAAUCUACAGUGAUACAAUCAGCACAGAGUUAUAGUAAGUAUCCAACACAAUAUGCACAGUGGGGGAAAAGAAAAUUUUCCCAGAAUAAAGCUAUUAAACAAACACAUACAUAAACAUACACAUCACAUAUCCAAUACAACAUGAGAGAACAAUCCUAAAACUUUCUUCUGCCAUUUAUUUCUUUUAAUGAC